CCUCUUCCAGCUACACCCCUGGAGUUGCGUACGGUUUUCAUAUCUUCAAAAGAAUUGGCAUUUGAGUUCAAAAAAGAGGUUAAUGUUUUUGGCUAUUUGAUCAAGACGACUGCCGACGCCUUAACUACAAGUUACUAUGUGUAUAGAAGCUUAUCUAUAUCCAGGCUGAUUCUUGUUGAUUUGGAGCCUUGUAAGGUGUAUUCUCUAGAAGUGUAUGCUGUGGGGCUCUCAGGCCUGUCGCCUGAUUCAGCAGAUUUGCUUGAAUCAACAGGUUGGUCAAUUUAA